CAUUACACCAGGCGUCCAAUCCCGGAACGCGGAAAUCACGCAGUUGCUUCUGCACGGACUAGUUUACGAUUCAUUUGCAGCAAUGGCAGCCCUUAGGACGGCACUCAAUGGACGGCUUCUUCAGUCACUCCCCGUGUCAUUUGGUUCACUUCGGUUCGCCAGUUCCUCCUUCAAGGCUGCAGAUCUUACCAUCGAGAGGAAUCCUGUGCUGAAGCCAAAGCCAGACCCCUCCACCCUUGUGUUUGGCAAGCAGUUUUCAGACCACAUGCUGACCAUCUAUUGGUCUGCAGAGGGAGGAUGGAAGAAUCCUGAGAUCAAGCCCUUCCAGAAUCUGUCCCUUCAUCCUGCUGCUUCAUCCCUGCAUUACUCUAUAGAGCUCUUCGAGGGCAUGAAGGCAUUUCGAGGAGUAGAUAACCACAUCCGUCUCUUCAGGCCCAAUUUAAAUAUGGAGCGCAUGUAUCGCAGUGCUGUAAGAAGCUGUCUGCCUGUGUUUGAUAAGGUUGAACUGCUGGAGUGUAUUAAAAAGCUGGUUGAGGUUGAUCAAGAAUGGGUUCCGUAUUCAACAGACGCCAGUCUGUACGUCAGACCGACCUUCAUAGGCAUAGAGCCUUCUCUAGGUGUGGCUCGAGCAGGUCAUGCUUUGCUCUUUGUCAUUAUCGGACCUGUUGGGCCUUAUUUUGCCACUGGAGGCUUCAGUCCCGUGUCUCUGCUGGCAGAUCCGCGCUAUGUCCGUGCCUGUAGAGGAGGUGUUGGAGAAUACAAGAUGGGAGGUAACUAUGGGCCGACCAUCGCUAUUCAGAGCGAGGCAGCAAAGAAGGGCUGCCAGCAGGUCCUCUGGCUUUACGGAGAGCAGGAGGAGAUCACUGAGGUCGGAACUAUGAAUCUCUUCAUCUACUGGACCACGGAGAACGGAGAGAGAGAGCUCGUGACCCCUCCACUAGAUGGCAUCAUUCUUCCAGGAGUCACUCGGCAAUCUCUUCUGGACCUCUCAAGAGAAUGGGGAGACUUCAAAGUGACAGAGCGUAAAGUAGUAAUGAAGGAGCUAAUUGGUGCUUUAAAUGACGGACGGGUUCUGGAAGUAUUCGGCUCUGGCACUGCAUGUGUGGUGUGUCCAGUUGGCAGUCUGCUCUACAGAGAAAAGAUCUACCAGAUUCCAACAAUGCAGAAUGGUCCAGAUCUUGCUAAGAGGUUCCAUAAAGAACUCACUGAUUUGCAGUAUGGACGCAAGCAGAGGGACUGGGCGCCGCUGGUUGUCUAACUAGAUGUGUCAGCCUGGAUAUCUCAUGUCAGGUCUCAUGUCUAAAACCUCUCAUCUCAUGUGUUACCGUGUGAACUUUUGAGAUGUUCUAGAGUAGCAACCUCUUUAAGUGAGAGAUCUAUAAAAAAUAUGCAGAAUAUGACACAACCUUAAAUCCUACUUGCUUAGAAAUUCACAUGGCACAAUCUGUAGCUGUGAUUGUCUUGUUUUAGCACAAGCAAUAGAAGCCAUGUAAAAGGCACAAUAAGUCUAUAGAUUUUGCAGUACUUACCGAUCCAGUUUUUACAUUUUUGUUAUGGUGGCAGUUUUUUUAACAAUCAACCGUGCUUUCAUAAUUUUCUUGUAGAGUGUUUUUUCUUCCAAGGACGUUUCACUUUAUUAACUUUACUACUUUAAAGGGACGGUUCACCCAAACAUAAAAAUUCUGUCAUCGUUUACUCACCCUCGAGUUGUUCCAAAUCUGUAUACAUUUCUUUGUUCUGAUUAACACAGAGAAAGAGAUUUGGAAGAAUGCUUGUAACCAAACAGUUCUUGGCCAUCAAACAUCUCAUUUUAGGAAGAGCAUUACUGGAAACAGUGAAUCUCUGGCCACUGUCUGAGUCACAAAUCUUAUUUAUACAAAACCAGAUAUCUGUUUAUUUUUUCAGAUCAUGACAUUUUGAUUUGAUGUGCUCUAACAGUUAAAUAUGUACAUUCUUAAUGCCAGGAGUCUAUAGGGGAGCCCGUGACGUUCCCAAUGGCAUUUAGUUGUAGGUGUAGUCUGAAUAGUAACCCGGUGGAAUGGCAGUCAAACGUGCCACAGAACUGUUUGCUUUCCUACAUUCUUCCAAAUAUCUUUUGUUUUCAACAAAGAAAUGUAUACAGAUUUAGAACAAAUUGAGAGUAAUUUAUGACAGAAUUAAAUGAGAAGUAAAUGAUGACAGAAUUUUUAUUUUUGGGUGAACUGUUCCUUUACUAUGGAGGGUACGGUGUGAAAUCAGGCAGUUGGAAAGAAGCGUAUUUCUGCACACCAUCAUUUUAAAGGAAAUUCAUGUUAGCUUGUUUAUUUGUGUAACACAAGAGAGCACAAGAAGAGAUGAUCACACAUUUCAAUGAAUUUAUAGUUAUGGUUCUCUUUUAAAGAAAGACACACAUGCAAUGAUAUUGAAUGAACUAAGGAUAGUAAAGUGUUGUAUAUGUCUUUGGGGUUAGAUGGUACUUCAAAGUCGAUAUUUUUGACUAGGUGCAGAUUAAAACCGUAAAGCUUGAGUUGAUGCAAUACACGCACUGAAUGGCAAAGAAUGCACAAAUGUCCUGAUAGCAGCUCUACAGACCAUUAUAAGAGUCCUGAUGGGAGAAUUAUAGGUGCACUAGGCUGAUUUCCUGUGUGAUAUUUGGAACAAAUAUGUGACCUGUUUGUACAUGUGUGUGAUAUGAAAUCACUGAAGAUUGAGAUUGUAUCAGAUUUAACUUAUUUUUGCGGUAUACGGUUAAAAUUCCUAUUGUCCUGUUUUUUUAAGUCUUUGUUUAAACCCCUGAUUUCUUUUUAUGCUUAUUUUAAACCUGUAUUUUAAUGCACACACUCCACAUCUCUCUUCUGUAAGUGCCUAAUGGAGAUGGCUGUUACUUUCUCUUUGAGUUCUGUAUCUUUUGCAAUCGUCAUUAUUUUACUGGGGGCUGCUGCUGUGUUCAGUUUAUUUGUUUUUUUGUCUAAGGGAUGUCUGAGUAGAUGUUUUCUGUUACUGUAUUUUUACAAAUAAAUUCAACUUGCG